AUGUCGGUUGUCUUCAGUGGUCAAGUUUUCGAUGCCGACGAGUUGAGUCGUCCAGAAAACCAAGUCUGUUUUUGGUGUGUGGAUAGACGGCAGUUUCAAUUGAGGAAGGCGGAAGCUCAUUGCGUAAAUUAUCGGUUUUUACCGGAGGGAAAUGUUGGCAUUGCGGCAGCAACCAGUGCCUGGGGCGUGCAAAUGGUGGGCUUGAAACGACCUUCGCGAAUGGAAGAUCCCGAGCUGAAAUGGGAUUAA